CUAUGCUUACCAGAUACAAACUAGGCCUUCAGAAGGAAUGACAAUUAUUAAAGGUGGAAGAUUGCUGCACCAGUACAUUGUUGACGCGUACGUGGCUGUAGAGACGGAGCGUCUGCGAUUUCUCAGUCUAAAUCAGAAAAAGCUGCGAGCAGACCUGUAUAACAAUGUAUGUGAUGCUGUUGAGACCGGCGAUGCAGAUGCUACACAAGUUGGUAAGAAGAUCAUCCUCCCUUCAUCAUUCACCGCCGGACCCCGGUACAUGUCUGAAAAGUAUCAAGACGCGAUGGCAAUAUGCCGUUGGUAUGGGAAUCCUCAUCUCUUUAUCACCGUCACCGCGAAUCCUAAUUGGGUGGAACUCAGUAAUCAUCUUGAUGCGUAUGGAGGUGACUCCGCUAAUAACCGACCUGACCUUGAAUGUCGAAUUUUCAAAAUAAAGCUUGAUGAGAUGAUGGCAGACUUCAAAAAGGGAGAAUUCUUCCCCAAGCUAGACGCAGGUAAAGAUCCUACUAUUUUCAUUAUGUUACCCACCCAUAAGAGAAUGUUAUUUAAUUAUUUUCAAUUCACAUCUGCAUUAUUCAAAGUAAGUUUGUAAUUAAUACAAUUUACUAUAUUAUAAAGUAUAAGGAUUUCAAAAGUUAGUUUGAGUGCUGAGACAUCACUAAGCUAUGUAUAUAUAUAUAGAUAUAUAUAAAUAUAAUUCAACAAACAUUUUAUAUUUGUAAAACCACAAAGUUUAAGACCACAACAUAGAGCGGGAAUAAUAGUCAAAAUAAUACAGUUUCUCAGGAAAAAGAAACAGAAAAUAUAAGAAAAUACUAAAACUAUACAGUACCAAGAUGCUAAAUUAAAUACAAAUAAUUCGGUAUGUAGGAGUAUAUAUAUCACACUAUGGAUAUAUUUGGUGGAAAAUAAUAGGAGUAAAAUUUGAAUGCCCGGCCACUUCAUCUCUAUUGCUAAUCUUCCUCCCAAGCAUCGAUAAUUAGAUGCAUAUAGAAUUCGAUACAUUUUCCCGCCUACGGGUUGUUAGCUUUGUUAUCUCUUUUGCUACGUUUGAAUACCAGCACAUAUUUUGAUAGUAAUUAAUUAUAUCAGAAUGAUUUCUUAUAUAUGUUAUCAUCUAAUAUACGUCUUCCAUCAUUAUUGUAGCUGUCUACACCAUUGAGUUUCAGAAACGAGGUUUGCCCCAUGCCCAUAUAUUACUAUGGUUGAAAGGAAUAAAGAAGGAAGUAACCGCUGCGAUGAUUGAUGAAUACAUCUCAGCUGAGUUUCCCGAUAGAGAAGUUGAUAAAGAGGGGUUUGAACUGGUAGAGCGGCAUAUGAUUCAUGGCCCGUGUGGUAAGUUGCGACCCAAAUCGCCAUGCAUGGAAAAGGGAGAGUGUACUAAGAGUUUUCCUAAACCUUCUUCGGAUCAAACAAGAAUUGACAAAUAUGGAUUUGUUGUUUAUAGAAGGAGAGCUGGUACUGGAGAUUUUGUAAUCAAGGGUGAUAUCGAGGUGGAUAAUCGUUUCGUUGUGCCUCAUAAUCUUAGUCUGCUGAAAAAAUACCAAGCCCACAUCAACGUUGAAUGGUGUUGCAGAACCAGUGCAAUAAAAUAUCUUUUCAAAUACAUAACGAAAGGCGUUGAUAGAGCAACUGUCGUUAUACACAAGAACGAGCCAGACACGACUAAUGAGAUCAACAAUUUUCUGGAGUGUCGGUACAUAUCAGCCUGCGAAGGUUCAUGGAGGUUGUUCGCUUUUCCCAUACACUAUAAUCUGCCCAAUGUUGUGAAGCUUCCCGUACAUCUACCAGGUCAGCAUGUGAUGGUGUUUGACGAAACUUCUGACUUAUCAAAGGUGGUAUACCGAGAAAAUAUUGAUAAGUCAAUGUUAACAGCGUUUUUUGAGGCAUGCGACACAUACGAAGAAGCUAGGGAGCUGACAUAUGUUGAAUUUCCUUCAAGGUUUGUUUACCAUUCUAACGACAAGGUAUGGACACCCAGGUUGCAAGGGGAAGCUAUUGGGAGAGUCGUGUAUGUCAGUCCAGCAUCUGGUGAUAGAUACUUCUUAAGGAUGCUGCUAAAUGUUGUUAAAGGUCCUAGAGGUUAUGACGUGUUAUACACGGUAGGAGAUGUGGUUUAUAAGAAAUUCAAAGAAGCGUGCUAUGCACGAGGAUUGCUUGAUGAUGAUAAAGAGUGGCAUGAAGCAAUAGAGGAGCCAUCUUCAUGGGCCACCGGACGGCAGCUGAGAAGGUUGUUUGUGCUUAUCUUGGUUUAUUGUCAAGUUGUAGACCCACUCAAGCUUUGGGAGCAUACUUGGAUGUUUCUAGCAGAGGACAUACUGUACAUGAAACGAAAGGAGUUUCGAUUUCCAGGACUCGACUUACAAGAUGAGCAGUUAAAGCAGUAUACACUGCUCGAGGUUGAAAAACAUUUAAAAGAGCAUAACCAGUCUCUAGCAGACUAUGAUGAGUUGCCUCGGCCAGACAAUUCAAUACUAUCAGAGGUAAACAACCAAGUUUUGCGGCAGGAGCUGAUGUAUGAUGUUGAAAAGGAGAAGGAGACGCAUAGGGUAUUGUUCUCAGCGAUGAAUAUUGAUCAGCAGAAAGUAUAUGCUGCUAUACUGAAGUCAGUAGACGAACGUUUGGGCCAGUUAAUUUUUGUCUCAGGUGCAGGAGGAACAGGAAAGACAUACCUAUACAGAACUAUUAUCGCAAGGCUUAGGUCAGUUGGAAAAGUAGUUAUACCGGUUGCUACAGCUGGCAUCGCAGCGUUGCUGCUCCCGGGAGGAAGGACAGCUCACUCUCGGUUCAAACUACCUCUGAAUCUAGAUGAUCGUUCAAUGUGUGAAAUACACAAAGGGUCGAGUUUAGCUGCAUUGAUAUCCAAGGCAGAUCUAAUAAUAUGGGACGAAGCUCCGAUGGCACACCGGCACGCUUUUGAAACCUUGGAUCGUUCCUUCAGAGAUUUGUUAACGCAUGAGAAUCCAGAAGCUAGCACACAGCCCUUUGGUGGCAAAACGGUGCUUCUCGGCGGGGAUUUCCGACAGAUUUUGCCAGUUAUUCCACACGGAAAAAGGCCAGACACUGUACUCGCAUCCAUCAGCAAAUCAUAUCUAUGGAAAAUGGCCCGAGUAUUCACCUUAUCCAUCAACAUGCGGCUGCGGCAAGAAGAUAAGGACUUCGCAAAAUGGAUUCUACAAGUCGGAGAUGGGGAAGCUGACGCCUUGCCGUCGAAUAAACCAAAACAUGAGGAAGGGAAUCAGAUUAUUGUGGACAAAAGGUUCUUGAUAUCUCGCUCAGAGACACCACACGAAGCUUUGGCGCAUGCUGCAUAUCCUAACUUCCUCCAAAACUACCGGGAUAAGGACUACCUAAAAGAGAGGGCCGUGCUGACACCUACCAAUAAUACCGUACAUGAGGUGAACGCUUAUCUCCUCUCUAAGAUCCCAUCACAGGCUAGAGAGUAUUUGAGUUCCGAUUCAGUGGAGUUAGAAGCUACGCCAGACGAUGAUUGGACCACCCACUACCCGUCAGAGUACCUCAACUCACUUGAGUUUCCGGGCCUCCCUAACCACAGAUUGUGCCUCAAAGUUGGAGCUCCGGUGAUGAUGCUGCGCAAUCUUAAUCAGGAUCAAGGUCUGUGCAAUGGUACAAGAAUGGUGGUUACUCGCCUAGGUAACAGGGUUGUUAAAGCGAGAAUUAUGACUGGGACAGAUGUUGGAGAAGAAGUUUUGAUCCCUAGGAUACAACUUAGUCCCACUGAUACCAUGCAUCCCUUCACCUUUAAUCGAAGGCAAUUCCCGAUCAGACUGUGCUACGCCAUGACGAUCAACAAGAGCCAGGGCCAAAGCCUAAACCAAGUUGCUUUAUAUCUUCCUCGCCCUGUUUUUACUCAUGGUCAGUUAUACGUUGCCAUGUCUCGAGUAACAACUCCGAAUGGGCUUAAGAUUUUAGACGAGACUUCCGACAUGGGCGGUGAAGACGGAGUUACUAAUAUUGUAUACAAAGAAAUCUUUAAAGACGUCCGGAUGACCGAGGUUAGAGCUACACAUUUACUUUAUACAUUUUUAUAUACCCAAGUUUGAUUGCAGUGAAUAAUUGUCGUAAUUUCAUUGCAUAUCGGACGACUCAUUUAUCUCAGUGAACGGGGAGACACAGCGUAAGCAUCGAAGUGGACAAGUUAUUCUGCUAUCUCAAUCUUAUUUUUAAAAUUUUAAUAACAGUUUAAUCUCAUGGCAUACAGUCAUUUAGUAUGUGACCUUCUUACACUUACUCAAAACAUCGUCAGCACCUAAUGUUUAUCCUAUAUCCUCUGAUUUGGGUUUAUAUGCUUGCAGUUAAUUUUUUCUCUUCAUAUAAAUAUAGUAAAAUUAAUAGUUCAAGCUAUACUAAUAGAAAAAUCUAUUCCAAACCACAACAUUUUAGUUUACCAUGAAAAAAGAUUAGUUCAAACAAUAAAAUAAUAAUAGAGUAGAAAAACAAUUAGAUUAUUUCAAACAAUAAAACAAUAAUAGAGUAGAAAAAAACAAUCUUAAUCAAAUAAAUACACAUCAAAAAUAAAACUAAAUAAAAUAUAGAAGAACAGUAUCACAUCAUGUAGUUACUCUGAAAACUUUAAAUCAACAACAUAAAAAUAUUUAAUAACAGCCGUGAAAGACAACAUUGGUAGGGACCCAAGAUAUAAAAAAAUCUUACCUUAAAAAUUUGUGAUCAGUGAUUUAACUUUAUUUUGUUAUAACAAGAAAUAAAUGAUUAUAAAAUCAUAUGGAAAUAAAAUCUCAUUUAAUAGACCAUAUAAUUAAAUAAUAGACCAUAUAAAAAUACUUAAAUAUCUUAAUUUAGAAAUUGCAUAACAAGUAUUGAAACCUACAGUUAAUUCCGAAUUUGUAUUAAUUUUUAAAAAGAAAAAUGUCAAAGUACAUAUCAUAUGAUAUGAAUUAUCAUAUGACAUCCAAAGACAACUAUAAUAUAGAAUUUUAACCACACUACGUAAUUUGUUAAUAACUAUUUUGUUCAAGAAAAUAACAAUAUUAUGCAAAUACGAUUAUGACCAUUUUUCAAAAUUGAUUAUUUAUAUAUAUAUAUAUAUAUAUAUAUAUAUUUGAAAAUAUAGGUGGUACAAGUAAAUCAAAAUAUAUGUAGGACAGGUUGAAGAAAAAAAUUCAAAAAAAUAAAUGUUCUAAAACCCUUAAAAUUAUGAAAUUAUUGUUUCCAAAGCCAAAGUAAAACUUUAUUUGUGUAUUUUUAACAAUUAUUGUACAUUAAACAUAAAUAAGAAAGGUCAGAAAAUAUUCAGACCAUAUCUAAAGAUUAAAUUUAUUAUCUAUUCGUUUUUCUCAUUAUGUUAUACUUAGCUUUUAAUAAUAAAAUAGCAAGUUUUGUCUUUUUUGAAACACUCAGAAAAGUUUUAUUAUUAAAAAAUUUCGAUAAAAAUGAUAAAUAUAAUUUUAAUAAUACCCUACGGCAUAUAUUUUUAUAACACACAUAUAUAAAACUAUAAAUACCAUACAUAUAACAAAAAUUAUAAGAAAUUCCUGGGAUUUGUUAAUAUAAAAAACAUAGUAUAUGUUCAUUUGUUAUUCCUUUGCCCAUACU